UCGUGCACGCGACGACUGCUUCCCAAUCAAGAUGGCUGCCCACAGUGCUGUACUCUCGAUGUCCAAAAUCAUUAAACCUUUCUGGGGCGGACACCUCGGAAAUACGGUGAAAGUAUUUGGAACAACUCUGACCGGUCACAGGAAUAAGAGCUCGUUGACUAGGGAAAACAUUCCCCCGCCUGCAAAGUACGGAGGCAGACACACUGUGACUCUAAUACCUGGAGAUGGAAUCGGUCCGGAGCUGCUAAAUCAUGUCCGAGAGGUUUUCAGGUUCAGCUGUGUCCCAGUGGACUUUGAGGUGGUGCAUGUGAACUCUGCUGUGGAGACUGAGGAUGAUAUCAAUAAUGCCAUCACUGCCAUCCGCCGUAAUGGAGUUGCCCUCAAAGGUAACAUAGAAACCAAACAUACCAUGGCGCCAUCUGUCAAAUCCAGAAAUAAUCUCCUCCGCACAAGUUUAGACCUGUAUGCCAACGUGAUGCACUGCCAGUCCCUCCCCGGAGUCCAGACUCGCCACAAGAACAUUGACAUCAUGAUCAUUAGGGAGAACACAGAGGGAGAGUACAGCAGCCUGGAGCAUGAGAGCGUUCCAGGGGUCGUGGAGAGUCUUAAGAUCAUCACCAGGAACAAUUCCCUCAGGAUCGCUGACUAUGCCUUCAAACUGGCCCGGGAGAAAGGUCGUCGCAGGGUCACUGCCGUACACAAGGCAAACAUCAUGAAGCUCGGCGAUGGCUUGUUCCUGCAGUGUUGCCGUGAAGUGGCCUCUGGUUACCCAGACAUCACUUUUGACAGCAUGAUUGUGGACAACACCACCAUGCAGCUGGUGUCCAAGCCCCAUCAGUUUGAUGUGAUGGUGAUGCCCAAUCUGUAUGGGAACGUGGUGAGCAACGUGUGUGCGGGCCUGGUGGGAGGGCCUGGCCUUGUGCCCGGGGCUAAUUAUGGCCAUGUCUAUGCCGUCUUUGAAACGGCCACAAGGAACACAGGGAAGAGCAUUGCUAACAGGAACAUUGCUAACCCCACUGCCAUGCUGCUAGCCAGCUGCAUGAUGCUGGACCACCUUAAGCUUUAUGACCAUGCAAGUUCGAUCCGAAAUGCAAUCCUCAACACCAUGAAUGAAACCAGGUUGCACACAGCUGAUAUCGGGGGUCAGGGCACCACAUCAGAGGUGGUCCAAACCAUCAUGAGGUUCAUCCAGAGUAAAGGGCAGCUCACAUCUGAGUACUAAACACGCACACUCGUCAGAGGUGCGAGUUUGAACAGGUGUCUGUACCCGGGAAAGGUGUACAGUGUGAGAGAGGAUGUCCAUGCAUGUCUGUUUCCAUAGCGUCGGGUCUUAUCACUGACAUCAGAACGGUUCCUUUGUUUUUUUUCCGUCUUGUUCACACAGCUUACUGACCAUUUUACUGUACAAACGACCUUUUAUUCACACCUGUGUGUUUCACAUGUAACAAUAACGGUUUCAUUAUCACUGCUUUCAUGUGAUAAAUCCUACUCUAAGGAGUUCAUCAGGUUCAUUCAGUUGAAAAUCUUUGUUCUUACAAAUAAUGGAAUAUGAAAAGGUCUCUUGCAGUAUGGAAAGAACAAAAACACUUGUUGGAAUAAGAAAUAUCUAUAAUAUCCUAAUCUGGGCAUGCAUUGUCCACUGUACAUUCUUCAAUGAGGACCAUUAUUUAUUUUAUUGUGUGUUUCCGGCUUUUUCAAUCAACCAAAAUGAUAGAAUGGUCGUUGAACGCCUUCACUUUUUUUUGUGAUACUGUAACUUAAAUACAGAGUUGCCUGUUAUAUACUGUACUAUCCUAUAUGUCACAUCAGAUCAAGUGUACUAUAAAAAUUGUCAUAUAGCUAUUUCAUAUAUGCUGUAUUGUCAGGAGGAGGUGUAUAUCAAGUAAUUGUUGUCAAAGCUGAACUGUUACGCUUGUGCCAUAAUCCUUUCACCUAAGCUGCGAUCAGAUCAUAAAAAUAACUGUCUUAAAGUCUAACCAGACAAGAGCUCUUUUUUCUUUUCAAUUAUGUCUGUGGAU